GCUUCAGGUAGGAUUUGGCUAAGAUUUGGCUAAGAAAAAGGCACCUUUACUAACUAUCCUUUGCAGUACAUACAGGAAACAAAGCAACAUAAACAAAUACACAAAGAGGUGGUUUAUUGCAGUUUGCACAUAAAGUGCGUGCAUAUUACUUAACUGUACAAAGAUCCCACUUGGCCACCACGCUCACCAAGAGAUGCAACAAAAGCAAAACAUUCCCAUCACAUGCACCAGCUGUGGCAUGUUCCGCUUUUUCACACAAAAACUAGACAACUACAUCUGCUCCAAAUGCAAACAGAUGACUCUGAUGGAGCAGAGGAUCCAACAGCUCGAGCACCGUAUUAAGACCCUUAAGGACAUUCAGGCACUCGAGCUCUUCUUGGACACUGCACAACACGCUGCUGUAGAUCAGCAGCCUGCAUCACACCAACACCACCAAGACCAUGAUCAGGAACCUUAUGGGGAGAUCAACUCAAAGGUAGACAACCCUCAGGCUUGGAAGGAGGUCACCCAUAGAAGGAGACGCAGGACCAGGCAGCCUCCGCAGAACUCCUCUGCUCAGCUGCAUUUACACAACAGAUUUGAAAUUCUUACAUCAUUAACAUACAAUCAGGAAACACAUCUUGUGGAGGACCACAGUUUCUUAGAUACCACUCAGUGGACCACCCUGGAUCAAUGCGCAGGGGAUAGCCCUGACGGGGACAGUGCAUCACCACAGUCACACUUAUGUAAUCAUGCAAAUGCUCCAUCCCCAAUCAUAGACCAGGAGCAACAGGAACAUCCUUGGGAGAGUAAUGGGCUCUCGGAUGUAUCUCAAUGGAUUGUCAUUGAUGAAUGCACUGGGGAUGUUGAGGAGGAGGACAACACUUUACACCUACAUGAUUCACUUCAACAGGAACACUCUUCAGGGGACAUACACACUGUCUUGCACAAAAGGGACCCUGUCAAUCCUCAAAGGAAACAGGUCUUGGUAGUAGGUGACUCCCUCCUUAGAGGAACGGAAGCCAUCAUUUCCAGACCGGAUGGGAUGGCUCGAGAAACAUGCUGCCUCCCGGGGGCAAAAAUACACCAUAUCACUCAGAGGCUCAGCAGGCUCCUAAAGCCCCAUCACCCUCCCCACCUUAUGUUGAUUCAUGUAGGUACCAAUGACACCGCUAGGCAUACUUUUCAAAAGAUCACAAAUGAUUUUCGAGCUCUGGGAACAAAGCUAAAACUGUAUAAUGUACAUGUGAUCUUUUCAUCCCUCCUCCCUGUUGUAGGACACGGCUCUACAAGGGCCGGAAAAAUAGUACAGGUCAAUAACUGGCUCAAAAAAUGGUGUCAAGAGGAGCAUUUUGGCUUCCUUGACCAUGGUCUACUCUUCCAAGAGGAUGGACUACUGGCAAGCGAUGGGGUGCAUCUCACACAAGUAGGAAAACAUCUUUUUGCACACAGACUCACAAACCUCAUCAGGCGCACUUUAAACUAGAUCCACUGGGGGAGGGGAACAACAGCCUGGCGAACACUAUAUUACCCACGACCACAGGAAACCACCGAAAGGCUAAACGGAGGGCUGCACAAACACAGCAAGGACCAAGUACAGAGAGCACAAUAAUCCCAAAUAAACAGUUCGAGGGGAGGUCACAGGGGCUUACAUGUCUUUACACUAAUGCUCAGAGCAUGGGAAAUAAGCAAGACAAACUCCAACUCCUAGCACAGCACCACACAUACGAUGUUAUAGCCCUCAAUGGUUAAAUUCCAGUGAUGGGAGUCAUCCCACCAGGUUUCAGUGAUGCCUAUGACAUCGUAUGUGUGGUGCUGUGCUA